UAGAUCUGAUGUUCUUUGUGUGCUCGUGAAUGUUUGCAGCCGUAACUGGUUCUGGAUGACGGCUUCAUAGCAGACAGCCGUUCCUCCCUCUUCCCUUCUCCCGGGGCAGAAUCUUUUAGUGGUACGCAGUACCGGACCGGCUUACUUUCACCCCUGGGUACUACUAAAAUAUUAUCUCUUUAAGUACCCCUGACAGAUACACUGAAUUGCUAAACAGCUAUCAUUACAAAUGAUAUUUACAAAGGAAGAUAGCCACAGCUCCGAUGCAAUCGGUGCCACCAGGCCCUCUGACCGCCAUCACCACGCAAGGCAGGUGAAGUAUCUUGCCAAAGGGGGCUGAGACGGACAGAGUGGGUGUUUGAACCAGCAUCCCCGUGGUUACUGGACGAACCCCUACCAUCUUAGCCACAGUUGGACUACUUGUCUGACUAAUUGUAAUACAUGUAAGAAUGUGAAUAUUUGUUUUUGUGUGAGCUGAUCUGCACCUCAAGUGUACUCAAAUGAUACAAGUAGAGAGAAAAAGGAGCACUAUUUGACAUUCCUCAAGUAGAUUUCAGUUUCAGUUAGACAAACCUGUGAAAAGAGGAGGUAAUUAUUAUGACUGAAUUGAAAGUGCAGUAGUCCAAAGGUACAGUAUCGUCCCCUCCCACAGCAGAGGCAAGGUUUAAAACUACUCUGUCCCCUCUGUCUCUCCAACUUUGCUCUCUGCCCUGGCCUGCCUGUCUGCCAACCUUUAUCAGAUCCCUCAGACAUCCAUUUUUAAUUUUUUUUCAAAGAAAAACCUUCAGAAUGGCUUUCAGGGCCACAGCAACCUCUUACAGCACCCCUGGUCACAACUUCAGCAGCAGGUCCUACACUGGAGGUUUCAGCACCAGGUCCUACAAAAUAAGAUCCUAUGCAGGUGCUGGCUUCAAUGAUUCGAGAGCAUUUGGCUUCAGUGCAUCUCCCACCUUAAUACCUAACCGUGGAUCAACUGUGUGCUCAGGAUUGGGCGAGAUUAGUCAAGCCCCCGUCACAGCUGUGGCUGUUAAUGAGAGUCUGCUGGUCCCCCUGAACUUCGAGAUUGACCACACAUUGCAAGCCGUUCGCACCCAAGAGAAAGAUCAGAUCAAGGGCCUCAACAACCGCUUUGCCUCCUUCAUUGACAAGGUCCGCUUCCUGGAGCAACAGAACAAAAAGCUAGAAACCAAAUGGAGCCUGCUCCAGGAACAGACCACCAUCCACUCCAACAUCGAUGCAAUGUUUCAAGCCUACAUCGCCAACCUCCACAUACAGCUGGACAGCCUGGGCUAUGACAGGAUGAAGCUGGAAACCGACCUGCAAAACAUGGACGGUCUGACGGAGGACUUCAAGAAAAAGUAUGUAGAUGAAUUCAACAAGCGCACAGAGUCUGAGGACGAAUUUGUCUUUAUCAAGAAGGGUGUUAAUGAGGCCUACAUGAAUAAGGUUGAGCUGGAGGCACAGUUGGAGAGUCUGACAGAUGAAGUUAACUUCCUCAGGUCGAUCUAUGAGGAGGAACUGCGCGAGCUCCAGACCCAGAUCAAGGACACCAUAGUCGUUGUGGAGAUGGACAACAGCCGCAACCUGGACAUGGAUGCAGUUGUGGCUGAGGUCAAGGCACAGCAUGAGGAUAUCAGCAACCGCACCCGUGCUGAGGCAGAGACGUGGUACAAAACUAAGUAUGAAGAGAUGCAGACCUCUGCCAACAGAUAUGGAGAUGACCUGCGAACUACCAAAGCAGAGAUUGCAGAACUCAACCGAAUUGUCCACAAACUGACAUCAGAGAUUGAUGCAAUCAAGGGGCAGUGCAACAACCUGGAGGCCCAGAUUGCUGAGGCUGAGGAGCGUGGUGAGCUGGCUGUGAAUAAUGGCCAGGCUCACAUCAAGGAGCUGGAGGAGGCACUGCAGAGAGCCAAGCAGGACAUGGCCCGUCAGAUCAGAGAGUACCAGGAUCUGAUGAACGUCAAGCUGGCUUUGGACAUCGAGAUUGCCACCUACAGGAAGCUGCUGGAAGGAGAGGAGGACAGACUGGCAACCGGCAUCAAGGCUAUCAACAUCUCCCAACAGAGAAUGAGUUACAGUGGUUUCCCCAGUAUGGACAGAAUGAAGAGCAGCUACUCCAGCGGCGGCUACGGCAGCAGCCUGGGUGACUUCAGCAGCGGUAGCUCCGGCGGCUACAGCACCACCCAGAGCAAGAAAAAUCUCAUUGUCAAGACCAUUGAGACCAAUGAUGGCAAAGUGGUGUCUGAGACCUCCAAGGUCAUUGAUGAUUCUGCUGUGUAGAUCAGAGAUGAAGCUACAGUUGGGGCCAAAAUUAUUCAUACUCUUGUCAGAUUUAGAUUAAAACUACAAUUUUCUUUCUAACAGGAACUGAAACAGGCAUCUCUCAAAAAAUAACAAUAAUAAUAGAAAAAUAUAAUUUUAUUGUUUUUAAUUACACUUUCCCCAAACAAUGGCUCAUUAAAUAUUAUGUAUACCCUUCUAUAAUAUGAUGGAUAAUCUUUAUUGCCAUUGCAACAAUAACCCCCUACUUGUACCUGCUGGCCAGCGUUUUGCAUGUUUCCACUGGUAGUUUAAUGAUUUCUGGUAUUUUGAUGAGAUUGUGAUGAGUGCCAAGUCAUGGAGCCCACAUAGCAAAAGAGAUCUGGCCUUGUUGUGGCCCAUAAAAGGCAAUUACAUCGGGCCAACAUACCCAAAGAAUGACAGCCCUUUGAUGGCCCAGAUCAGGUUUUCCAGUGAUGGUCCACGCAUGGGUGUGCACCAUCACUUAGAACAUAGUGGUGGCUCUGUACUGGCCCAGAACAGUUUCAGUACUGGCAUCAAAUGCCAGCCUAAUAUACAGCAUCUUACAAAAAGUAAGUAUGCCCCUCACAUUUUCGUAAAUAUUUGAUUAUAUGUUUUCAUGGGACAACACUGAAGAUAUGACACUUUGAUACAAUGUAAAGCAGUCAGGGUACAGCCUGUAGUACAAUGUAAAUUUACUGUCCCCUUUAAAAUAACUCAAUAGACAGCCAGUAAUGUCUAAACUGUCUGGCAACAUGUAUCAUAUCAGUGUUAUAUCUUCAGUAUUGUCCCUUGAAAAGAUAGAAUAUAAUAUUUACAAAAAUGUGAGGGGUGUACUGACUUUUGUGAGAUACUGUAAAUUAGGCUGGCAUUUGGCCACCACUAUGUUUUAAGCUGCCGAUGUGAUGGCCCAUGUGUGAGCAAUCACUGGAAAACCUGGUCUGGACCACCAAAGGACCAUCAUUCUUUGGGGUAUUUUGCCUGGGUGUAACUGCAUUGUAUGGGCCAGAGCUAGAGGUGGAGGUGGGAGGGCGUCCUUGCCAUAACCCUAAUUAUUAGCUCCCUCCACAUAUUCUCUAUCAAAUUUCAGUCAAGAAUCUGGCCGGGCCACUCCAAGACAUUAAUAUUACUUUUGGUCAAAUAAAAAACAUACUGCCAAGGGUAUGGAUAAUUUUGACCUUAACUGUACUUGUGUGUCAUGAUCUCCUCUGCCUCUCUGGUAGUUUUAUACUCACAGCUCACCUACCUCAACUAUUGUAGUGACUAGGAGGCUGUUGUGGAGAAAAUGUCCUGAGGUAAUGUUUUUACUGCCAAACUGAAUUAAGGUUUGUUAAAUAAAUGUAAAUGAAUUUGCUUUCAGUUUAGAAGACAUCUUAAAGAGGAAAAAUAUUGAUUUCAGAAUAUAUACUUGAAUUAUAUGAUUAAACAGGAGAAAGAUUCCUCAUUUGAUGAAAGUUUAAAGUGAUUAAAUCUUUGGAACUAC